GCGUUGCAAUGGCAAUCACAUCAUUCACCUUGGUAACAAAGGGUAAGCAUCUCGGGCCAGCAAGUUCGUUAUUGAAGUCUUUUGUUUUUUCGGCAGCUCCUCGGUGGGGUAUUCGACACCUGCAGGUGCUGUUCCUCUUCACCUGCGGCACUCUGAUGGUGGCCCAGCGGAUGAACAUGAGUGUGGCCAUUGUGGCACUGACGAAUGCCAACAGCAGCAAUCCCAACUAUCCGGAAUAUCAUCUGACGGAGAAGGAGAAGUCCUACACCCUGAGCAGCCCCUUUUGGGGGUCCUGUUUGACGCAACUGAUGAGCGGCUAUCUUUCCAGUCGCUUUGGAGCCAAGUUGCUGCUACUAGUCAUCAUGGUGGUAACAUCUCUGAUAAGCGUUGCCACGCCCAUUGUGCUGGCCUGGGGAGGCUGGCAGCUGUUGUUCGGAGUGCGUUUUGUCCAAGGCCUAGUCAUGGGCGGCAUGUGGCCCUGUCUCUACACCCAUCUGGCCAAGUGGUGCCCGAAGCGAGAAGCAAACCGCCUGGGUGGCGUAAUGGCAACGGGCUUGGAUGUUGGCACCAUACUGGGUUUCGCCAUGAGCGGAAUUCUGGCAGCAUCGCCUCUGGGCUGGCCAAGCUCCUUUUAUAUACCAGGUUACUUGGGCAUUGUGUGGAGCCUCUUAUGGAUGCGCUAUGGAGCCAACAGCCCCUCGGAAUCGAAAAUAAUAUCUCUUGCGGAACGAAAACACAUUGAAUUGGCCUUGGAGAAAGCUCAGGGCACGAAAGGUGGUGAGAGUCCACCAGUGCCAUGGCUUCAAAUCCUCACUUCACGUCCUUUCAUCGUCCUGGCACUCUGCAAAAUGAGUCAGGCCUGCAGCUUCUACACUCUAAUGCAGCAGAUUCCCCGCUAUAUCCACGGAAUAUUUCGCUACAAUAUCGCCGUGAAUGCCCUGUUCUCCGCCCUGCCCUUUGUGGUGAUGCUAAUGUCCUCCUAUGGAUUCAUCUUUUUGGCAGAGUAUCUCACUCGGAACCAGCAGAUAUCCUUGCCCGUCCUCCGGAAGACCAUCAAUUCUUUUGCCUCCUGGGUUCCGGCCGUGGCCCUGGUGGCUCUCUCCUAUGUCAGCGAGAACAAUGUUGUGGGCAGCAUGGGUUGCAUGGUGGCAGCUGUGGCUGCCAUUUCGGGCCAGGCCAUUGGCAGUUCCCUGAACCAUGUGGACUUAUCGCCCAACUUUGCAGGACUGUUGUUCGGGAUCAGCAACACACUGAUGUCAGCGGCUGGAGUUGUGUCACCUAUAGUCAUAGGCCUGACGGUGACCCAUGAGUCGGACCGGUCACAAUGGCGUGUUGUGUUCCUCGGCAUCUCCGUAAUCCUCUUUGUGGGCAACUUGUUGUACGUCCUCUUCGGCCAGAUGACUGUGCAGCCUUGGAAUGGCUCCAAACCACCAGCAGAAACUACAGCUCAAUCUGAAACCCCGCCCGAGGAAGAGGUUUCGGUGGAAAAGUUUAACUAUUUCUAAAUUUAUAUAUUUUGUAACGUAUUCAGUGCUUAGGUUGUUGUGUAAAUAUAAUUUUAAAUCACA